CAGAGAUUAACACGUGAUUGAACAAAAUAAAAGCCAAGCAACCAGGAACGUACAGACGUUCUUCUCCCGACGGCUAGACGAGCAGACGUGCAGCUUAACGAGAGUGCACAGGUAAACAUGUUGGGGAGCUUGCUGUUUGUGUUGUUUUGUGGCACAGCAUUGGCCCAUUUCGACUCGAAACUAGACCAGCACUGGGAGAUGUGGAAGAAGACGCAUGGCAAAUAUUACUCCAGUGAGGUUGAGGAACUGGGCAGAAGAGAAUUGUGGGAGAGAAACCUUCAGCUUAUCACCCUCCACAACCUGGAGGCCUCCAUGGGCAUGCAUACAUAUGAUUUGGGCAUGAACCACAUGGGUGACUUGACAACAGAAGAGAUUCUGCGAAUGUUUGCUGUGACCCGUGUUCCUCCCGGCUUCAGGAGGCAAACGGCAAAAUUUGUGGGCUCCUCUGGGGAUCCAGUCCCAGACUUUGUUGACUGGAGAGAGAAGGGGUAUGUGUCCAGUGUGAAGAUGCAGGGUGCGUGUGGUUCAUGUUGGGCGUUCAGCUCUGUUGGGGCUCUUGAGGGUCAACUGAAGAAAACCACAGGAAAGCUGAUGGACCUCAGUCCUCAGAAUUUGGUGGACUGUUCCUCCAAAUAUGGCAACAAGGGUUGCAAUGGUGGUUUUAUGAGUGCAGCAUUCCAGUAUGUCAUUGAUAAUGGUGGAAUAGACCCGGAGACAUCUUAUCCUUAUGAAGGAGUGCAAAAGCAGUGCAGAUACAAUCCAUCCCAGCAUGUAGCGAACUGCACUAGGUACGAUUUCGUCCGUCAGGGAGAUGAGGACGCCCUGAAACAGACUGUAGCCCAAGUGGGGCCCAUUUCAGUGGCUAUCGAUGCUACCAGACCCCAGUUUAUCAUGUAUCGCAGCGGAGUUUACAAUGAUGCAACCUGUACCAAAAAAGUGAACCAUGCAGUGCUGGUUGUGGGGUAUGGAACACUGGAUGGAAAAGACUAUUGGUUGGUCAAAAACAGCUGGGGCACACAUUUUGGAGAUGGUGGCUACAUCCGUAUAGCCAGGAAUCAGAACAACAUGUGUGGCAUUGCCUCAUAUGCCUGCUAUCCGGUUAUGUAACUGAAACAUUGCUUACAUGUGUAAAGAAAUUUGUUACUGUAUAACAUUGUUAAUGUGUUGUAAAUGUAGAGUUUUUUUAAUCUGUUUUUUAAGAAACUGUUAUAGGUUUAAUGACGAUCUUACGAAAUAAAUAUGUAAUUUUA